AUGAGCUAUGCCACAAACCUCUCUGAUUACUUCCUCUUAAUAGACGACAACGUCUUUUGUAGCCCCAACUUUGUCAGCCACAUUCAGUGGAAGGUGACCAACAUGAACUCCAACCCAUGGGUACUACUGGAGUUCUCCAACAUGGGCUUCCUUGGUAAACUCUUUCACAGCAGGGACCUCCCACUCAUCGCCCAUUUCCUCCUCCUCUUCUACAAGGAGAAGCCCCUUAACAGGCUGAUUCCUCAUUUCCGUGCCCUCCUGGUUCAGCAAAACCCAAUCCUCUGCAGGCCUUUCCUCUUCUACCACAGAGCCUCCCACCCCAUGUUUGAUGACAAUCAGAAGACCUCAACAGUUAAGAAAAACGACUCUUAUGGUCCUGACAACCCACCUGGAACAGUUUUCACUGAUAUGAAGGUUUUUGAUGUUCAUUUUCCCUGGGAGGCUUACACUGUGGACGAGUCAUUCUUUUGGACAUAUAAUGUUAGUACAGGGAACCACCUGACAGUGAUUUUCAGCCAUCCAGUGAACCUGAAGAGAGUACAAGUGAUGACAGGUUCCAUGGUGGGGAGAGUAUACCCUGAAGAAGGGGCAAGUGGAGCUGGGCUAUACCCCUGA